UCAACGAAACUUCCGGUGACUUUGCUCAUGGCUCUAUGAGGAGUGGAAAGAUAAUUGUUGUACACGAUGUUCUGUCGUUGCAUGCGACUUGCUUUAACUGCCAAUAAUGCAAAUGUUCUGAGGAACUUUUAUACAAUACAGACAUUGAGAACUGCUGGGUAUAAGAGUAAACUGAGUCUAGACAAUUUGUAUCCAGGCAAUAGAAACAGCAUAAAUGAAGCGUUCAACGUGCUUAAAAAACAGCACAAUUAUGCAAAUGGUAGUGAAGAGGAACCAUUCUCAGGAUAUAUUCCAACUGAAAAGAUAGAGUUUACCUAUACCAGAAGUGGUGGAAAAGGUGGCCAGAAUGUAAAUAAAGUCAGCUCUAAAGUAAAUGCAAAAUUCCAUCUUGAAUCUGCGACCUGGAUACCUGCCUGGAUCAGAGAAAAAAUCAAAGAGCAGCAAAAACACCAUAUCAGCAAGGACGGCUUUGUGAUGAUAUCGUCGGAGAAGACACGGAAACAGAUCAUGAACAAAGCCGAUUGUAUGGAGCAGAUUCGCAGUAUGAUUUACAGAGGCACUAUGAAACCCAAGGAACAAACACCAGAGGAACUUGCUCGCAUUGCCAAGGGGAAAUUAAAGUUCCAGAAGGAUGUGCUUAGAAAGAAAAGAGUACAUUCAGAUAAGAAGAAAUUCAGAUAUAAUCCCUGACACCGAUUUAGAUAGGAUGGUUUUGACUUUUUCAUGUAUAUUAUCUUAUUAUCUGAAUACAUUUUUUUUUUAAAUAU